UUUUUUUUAAAAAAAACAAAAUAACGAAGUAUGAAUAAUUUCGUAAAUCAAAUAAAUUUUAAUGACCUACGCUCAUUCCUUAAUAUAAAUGAACAAGCACGAAUACUUGCAAAUAAAGUUAGGGACGGAACAAUUUCGCAAAUGUUAACCGGGAAAGAAUUUCUUAAGUUUUGCUUAGAAAAUAAAUUGCGAUCAGAUAAUCAACGGGAUAUAAUUGAUCUUGAUUCGACUACGAAUGAAAUUUGGAACUCACGCUUAACUAUUUCACAAAAAAAAAUGUUUACGAGCUUUGCGGAUAAUGUGAACAAAAAUCGAAAUUCUGAUACCAUUGAAUCAAUCGCUCGAAUUAAUACGCCACAAAAUACAAAAUCUGAAUUUGAAAAUUUCUUUUUUAAUGGAACAAGCUUUUAUGAUGACAAAAGUCUCGAUUCUUCGAUCUUACCUUUAGGUGUCGUUUAAUAGGUUUGUUUAUAGAGGGUCUUUUCGAUAAAAAUUUCACUUUCGCGUUACAUAUAGAUUUUAAAUUCAUUUAUCUCAUUAUUACCUUCAAAUUAAUAUUUUGAGUUUUAAAAUAUAGAAUAAAUUCGACAAUUUUACAAAUUUAAAUUUUUAUGAAUAAGUAAAU